UGGCGAUUGACGGCUCCGGUUCUUCGUGACCCUGUCAGUUUCGUCUCGAUUUUUACACGUGUUCAGCGAUUUGACGACGUUUUUAUUAUAAACAUUGGCCAGCUUGACAUAAAACAUCGCCAAAAUGAACAUGUCAGUGGAGAAGAAGAAGUACCCGACGUCUGCCUUGCCACAAAACUGGUCGACGCGCGACGAGCAGCAACACUUGCCACGCAAAAAUCAACCACAAUUACCGUCCUCGGGAAAAGUGGAUGUGUUUUAUUACAGUCGAGGGGUCAGAAAUGAUGCUUCACUUGUUCCUCCCAUCAGACAGACAGCAUCAAUUUUCAAACAGCCAGUGACAAUAUACAAAAUAUUGGAUGGAAAAGUGAAAGAAAUAAAACAUGGGAACCAAGAAAAACCAAAGCAGGAAGGUGCCAAUAGAAUAGAGAGCAAAUACAAUUCCAAAGAAAAGCCUAAACAGCUUUUUUGGGAAAAGCGACUGGAGGGUUUGCGAGCAUGUGACCCAGACGGCUAUGAAUUGAGUGGGAUGGAUCUGCCAAAGAUAACAAAACCAGUAGGGCCCUACAUACGUGAUGAGACAGUGUUACAGAGUAUCGCAACGGCUUUGCACGUGUCAACACAACCAGUCACUGGACAAACUGGAUCGAAAACAGCUCUCGAAAAGAACCCCGGUGUCUUUUUGAACCCUGAACAGCCACUUGUUCAGGCCGUGACAAUUACGGAUGAUGACAUCAAGCGACAAGAAGAACGAGUUAUUGCAGCUAGAAAAAAACUGCAAGAAGUGAUACGUGCAACAUAUGCAUCGAUUUAACUUAUUUGGUUGCUGUUCAUUUAACUAGAUACUACCGAUAUUUCGAUAUACAUACUUUUAUUAACUAGACGUUAAGCGCGCAAGUGUAAGUAAAUUCACCGAUUUUAUAAUAAACUUUUUUUUUUACCGAAAAAACUUCGAAUGCACGCAGUUUUUUUAUAAACUAUUGUAUUCAGCUCUCACAUUUAAGCACACAUAAUUGUAUAAAAUAUUAAAUGUAAAUGUUUUGUGAGAUUAGCAGUAUGAUAAAUGUACAUAGUAUUAAGAUUCCGAUUUAGGGAGUAAUAAAAUAUCUAUUGCGAGGUUCACGAGGAUGAAUAUCAUUCGUACGCUUGCAAAGACUGAAAAUACAAAACUAUAUGUAUUUAUAAACGCGGGAUUCCUUAUUAUUGAUACAUGUAAAUGAUAAAAGACGUAUCGGUUGAAAUGUGUAU